UUUCUAGCCAGCGCCUGAGAAUGGGUAUCUCAAGGGACAACUGGCACAAGCGCCGCAAGACUGGGGGCAAAAGGAAGCCUUACCAUAAGAAAAGAAAGUAUGAGUUGGGUCGCCCUGCUGCCAACACUAAGAUUGGUCCCCGUCGUAUCCACACAGUUCGUGUCCGUGGUGGUAACAAGAAGUAUCGUGCUCUGAGGCUGGAUGCUGGUAACUUCUCUUGGGGCUCUGAAUGCUGCACCCGCAAGACAAGAAUCAUUGAUGUAGUGUACAACGCAUCAAAUAAUGAACUGGUUCGAACCAAGACCCUGGUAAAGAACUGUAUUCUCCUGAUCGACAGCACCCCUUACAGACAGUGGUAUGAGGCCCACUAUGCUACACCACUGGGACGCAAGAAGGGAGCUAAACUUACACCUGAAGAGGAGGAAAUUCUGAACAAGAAGAGAUCUAAGAAAACACAGAAGAAAUACGAAGAGAGGAAAAAGUUGGCUAAGAUCAGCCCACUCUUGGAGGAACAGUUUCAGCAGGGCAAACUGCUUGCCUGCAUAGCAUCUAGACCUGGUCAGUGCGGCCGAGCAGAUGGAUAUGUCUUGGAGGGUAAAGAGUUGGAGUUUUACCUAAGAAAAAUUAAGGCCAAGAAAGGCAAAUAAAGAAUUUGCCAAUUGUAAACAUCAAAUAAAUGGAACUUUAUUAAAACAGA